AUGUUCAUGUUGAUUGCUAUUCUGGUGAUACAAGUUGAUGCGCGGUGCGGGGUGACAGAGGGGGUAGUGCAGUGUCGAGACUGGAGGGAGUUUGAAGGGGGAACUACCAACGUCCUCUUCCUGGAGAGGGUCAUAGGAGAGAUACACAUUGAAGACUAUCCGGCACUGACCAGGCUGAUCAUCCACGACCAACAAGCCAGUUGCGAUAACAUUUCAGCAAACCCAUGGACGACGGUCCGCAUAGGCUCCCGCACUUGUCAGAACGCCCAGGACUUUAGUGAACCCAAAGACGUAGCAAUGACCUCCCUAAGAACUGUUGAAUUGGCAGCUUUUACCUUCAUCACACCUUGGAUAUAUGUUAUCCUUGGAGGGACGGGUGUAGUGAUACUUAUAUUCAUGGGGAUGAUGGUUUGUAUGGUUAAAAGAAGGUGCCAGAGGAGACGGGCGGACCUCGAAUCUCAAUCCCUUACAGAAUUCGAUGCAGUUGUCAUGCGGGAUUUCAAGUGUGAUUCACUUUUUUUAGUGGUCAUUCUAACGGUUUGUGUAAAGAGAAGAGGCCGUGAAGUACUCGUGUGA